GCCCCGAAGACCAUGAGCGUGGUCAAGGUCGCUGGCGACGGCGACUGUCUGUUUCACUCCCUGGCGUUCUUCGAUGCCUCCGACGGCGGCGCGCUGCGCAUCGACGUCGCGGACUUCAUGGAGGCGCGUGCCGCGGAACAGAAUGGUUUUGAGGAUGCCUGGUUCCGCGAGGCCAGCAAAUUGAGGGCCAGCAAGUGGGGUGGUCACACUGCCAUCAUCGCGUAUAGCCUCAUGAAGAACACCAGGGUUAUCGUCCACACCCACCGUGCAGAAGCAAGGCAUGUGAUCGUGGAGGAGGUGAGCCACGGAUCCAUCUUUGGCUAUGCCGCUAUGCCCGUGCAGCACAUCCUCUACAACGGGACGGACCAUUAUGAUGCCUUCAUCGAGAUUGCCGAUUUCACAGGCAUGGUGCCGGCGUGGCCGCAGCCGCCGCCUCCAAUGUAUUUCUCAUCAGCUGGCGACGAAUUCCCACCUUUGUCUGCAGGUGCCCAAUCCUCGGGCGCAUCUGGGAAGAAUGGCUUCAAUGCCCCGCGGCCACCAAAGAAGGGCAAAAGCAGGGGCAAAGCGAACGGCAACAAAGGCAGCGCAGAAGCUGAGGCCAGCAUGUCCGCCACGCCUGUGGCCACGCAGCACGACCACGAGGACGAGGAGGACGAUGAGAACCAGCCGGGCUUCAUGGACGCGCUCCUAAAUAUUCCUGUGGCAGAAUCUUCGCUGCAUCCGCACAGGCAAGUUGAGGACCUCAUCAAGGACCUAGCCGAGAGACGACUGCGCGAGCAUCCAACUAUUCCGCCGGAUGAGCCCUUGACCUCAGCCGAUGCUGGUAGGCUGUGGCCCAAUGUCUUUUGCGCCUUCAAGGAUUGCCGGUGGGCAGAGCGACUUGGGACGGAGGAGCAGCUCAAACAACACCUGGAGGAGGAGCACGAAACGGAUCUGAAAACCAUUACCCGGCAUAUGCUGCGCGGCAUGGCCCCUGAUGCCAUGUACAGCGCCUACAACCAGGCCAUAGCUGAAAGAUGCCGCAGUCAAGCGCCCAUUGCAGGCGCCUCCCUGGACCGCACCGCGCUGUACAGCUUCGCAGAUGCCAGCAGAGGCAACAAGGUCGAGGCGCUGAUCUGCUGGUGCUGCGGUUGCAUUCAUCCGCGGGUGGAGGACGUCGAGGACAAGGGCCCCAUCAAGUGGCACCAGCCUUUGCAGCGCAGCGACUCCACCGGCGAGCUCCGGUUCCUGAACCAGCCAUUGCAGAGCGUGAAGGAGCUUCUUGGCCUGAAGCCCUACCUCACCAAGUACAACGCAGUGGAGCCCCAUCAGCAGGUCAAGCUCACGGACCACGAAAAUUUUGAGGACUGGCGCGUGACAUUGCCUGAACUGGACGAUGGCGUGCUCCUUUGCUGCCCGGAGGAUUGUUGGUGCAGUGAGCCGCAUGAGGACCCCAGGGGCCUAUGCGAACACUGCUGGCUCCCCAUCUGCACAGGCUGUUUCGACCACCUGUCAGAGGCAAAGCUCCCACCACUGAGCUAUGCGAACGACAUGUGGACUGGUUACGGUCUGGAAAUGAUUUACGAGCGGAAGGUCACCGCGAUCGAGCUCCUUUGUGCCUCGCCAUGUUUGACCAGCAUGGUCUUGUUAUCCAUGGAGAGCAAACAUCGUCAAGAGCCUCGCACUGCCGUCUUCGACGAGCAGGCGCACAUGGCCCGGCACCGCUUUGGGGCCAGAGGGAAUGCGAUUACCUUUCCGCUGCCGGUGGAAGCCUUGUUGCAACAGCUGACGGCGCACAUCGAAAGGCCGGAUGCAGACGAAGCGGUGCCACGCAGUGGGAAACAGCUCUGCGAGGUUUUCCGCGUCAUUCUCAAGACUAACAAAACUGGUAAGACAACCGAGGAAGAGGUGAAGCCCUUGAUUCACCAGGCGCGGGUGCGAAGACAGGUGGUGGUGGACUUGAUCAUGGAGAUGAAACGUCUGGGCCAUCCUUCCUUCAUCAACUUGGACAAUGCAAAGGUGCAGGAGAAAGCGGUCGAACUGCCCGAAGACGGAGUGCCGCCCGAGGUGCUGCGCAUCAUUGAGGAGGAGAUGGGCAAUGACGAUGCGCCUAUGGACAGCAAGCUCCAGCCCCAGAAGGCGGCCACACCAUGCGACGCCCCAGAGCUCGACAUCGCAGCAGCCGGCAAGACCUUUGCGGCCCAGCGACCCCGCACCGUCGUAGCUGAAGGACAAGACCAACGGGACGCGCAAGAAGCGGAGAAGCUGGCGUUGGAGAACUUGGUGGCCGACCUCAAGGACGACGGCGUCCGCGCAGGGCUCGAGACGUACGAGGUGCGGGCCGGGAACCAACUGAUGGAUAUGUUCCGGCCGGGCUACUGGGCAAUAGCCUACUGCUUCCUCUUCAAGCACGCCACGGCUGGGCCGGACGUGGUCCACACCAUCAAGACCGAGCAGGCGGAGAUGGAGCCGUCGAGGCGGAAGAAGGGCAACGAGCGCGCGCCAGAGGUCAGCAUUCAGGCUUGGGCAGCGAGCAUGCAGCGCCAAGCAGCGGCGCAGUUCCGCAGGGACUGGAACUUCAGCCCGACGUUGUGGAACUACCUGUUCCGCACCCGCAUCAACCUGGAGCCCAACGCCUACAUGUUCAUGAAGCUGGACGAGGAUGGCGGCGGCCGCCGUAUGAUGACCAUCCCGGAAAUUCAGGCGGCCACGCAGGAAGUCUACAGACAGUUGUACCUCGGCAUGUACCUGGACACCAGCAACGAGCUGAAGCCCGUCAACGGCGACUUGAACAAGGUGUCCUAUGUGCCUGGCCUGUCCGUCGGUGCCCACCACGUCCUCAACAACCUCCAGGCCCGAACCCGCAAAGUACCCGGCACCCACGCGGUACGAAGCACCAUGCGGCACCAGACGCACGCCAAUCGCAUCUGCUACGGAACGCCGCUGUUCAUCACUUUCUCCCCCUCUGAGAAGGAUUCGGCCCUUGCCAUUCGCAUGGGGCGGGUCCGGCAAAGCGACCCCGCCAUUGCCGGCGACGACAACAAGAGCAUGUAUUCCAGGGAGAAGCCAGAACUGGACGUGGAAUUCUGCCGCCUGUCGCCGGAGCGUUUGGCCGAGGUGUUUGCAUCUUUUGGUCUGCGAAACCUUUACACCCUGUCCUGCAAGGAGCUACCGGACUACGAAACCAGGCGGGCACUACUGGCGAGGGACCCGCUGGCAUGCGUCUACGCCUUCUAUGUGUUGGUCGGCUUAGCUUUCCGGCACAUCUUCGGCCUCAAGUUCUGCCCCAAGUGUCCGGACUGCGUCUGCUCGAACAAUCCCUGCAUGGAUGCAUUUGGCAGCAGCACUACCGCGAGGGGUGGCGUCUUUGGUCGGAUCGAUGCGGUUUAUGCCUCCCUGGAAUGUCAACGCUGUGGUGCAUAUCACCUACAUGGGCAAUUCUUCCUGGAAUGCUUUCACCAGUUCAGAUCCUUGAAGGACUUGGUAGAGAUGGGCCAAGAGCCGCUCCUGGAGCUCCUGCGGAAGUAUUCGGACUAUUCAGCGCAUGUGAGAAGGAUGAUCUAUGAGCACCCCGAAGAGUGGGAAGACAAGCGGGAAGAAAUCGAAGCGCAGUGGCCAGAGUACAAGCAGUCCACCCUGAUGCCGAGCAGGCCGCAGUACCAGCGCGAUCCACACAAAGCAGCUGCGGAUUGGCGACUGGCGUCUUUCUCCGAUGUGGAGGUCUUGCAGAUGCACAAGCAGCACCACGUGCACAUCGCCGACAGCAAGGGGAUCAGGCAGCCCCUGAACCACUGCAAGGAAAAGGACAUGCCGCACAAGGGCAAACGAAGCAUGGUGGGCUUGCCGUGGGGGCCUUGCAACGACCCCAACCUCAACGGCAACCACCCGGCCUUGCUGAGCGCGCUGCGGUGCAACGGCGACGUCCAGCUGCCCUACCGGUUCCCCAUCACCGAGGACACCCACAACCACAAGCUCUGCCGGGAGAAGUGCCACGAGCAAAUGACCCUCGAGCAGCUGGUCCGGGACGCGCAGAUCACCCAGGCAGCGCAGGCCGGCUAUGCGUGCGACUACCAGAACAAGCGCGCGCAGAUCGCCAACCAGGAGACCAAGGAGAUGAUGAAGGGCCAGCAGCACCUUUACGAGGACCUGAAGGACAACAAGGCGGGCUACUAUGGCGCCAGAACGGUGAAGCGCCUGAUCACCGAUUGCUACGGCAGAGGCAUCGUGCGCGGUGCGGUGGAGACCACCAACCUCAACAUCAUGUCCGAACACGCGGACCCCACCGCCGCGGAGACCGUCAAGACCGCGCAAGUCACUGAGAUCUCUUUGCAUCACCCGCUGAAGCUCCUGGACCACAUUGCCGCAGAGAAGCCGUGGCCAAAGGAGUCCUGCAAGGCCAUCGUGGACAAGCGCAAUCCCAUCCGGCGCAAACUCACCGAGUGCCCGCCCUGGACCGCAUACGGUGACCGCGGCAACCGACCGGAAGUCCAUGGUCUCUCUGCAUAUGACUUCGCCAGGCAUUUCCAGAUGAAGCAGGCCAAGUACCCCUUCAGCUUGAAGAAGCACAGCCAAUGCCCGGAGAAGUACCAUGCAGAGCUCACCGGCAAAGGCAUCGAGAAGCUCGAAGAGAAUGCUACUGCCGGUAAGAAGUUGUUGGCGGGCAUGGACUAUGUCAUCAAAGAAGCCGGGGGCGAAGAUUGGCUGCCGUUGGGCGAUGGCAAGCUGGUGCAGGCCUACCGCCACGAUUGGAUCAUCGCACGACGCCUUUGGCCUUACGUCCCGGUCAUCUUCGGCGCGCAGAGCGGCCGCACCAAGGCAGGGCAGGCAGCCCGGCUCCUCGUGCUUUUCUUUCCGUGGGUGAACAACAUCGAGGACGCCUCGCCCAACGUCCCCUUCAUCAACGAGCUGGUGGGCCCCAAAGCCGACUACACGGAGGUGCUCCUGAGGCAUGCAGAACGCGUGGGCUUCCCGACGGAGACGGCGAAGCACCAGGUGCUCAACUUCGUCUUCGCCUUUUGCCUACCGCGACAGCUGCGCCCAACAGACGGCCUCGAGGAGAACUCCGGUAAUGAGGACAUGGAGGACGAGCUCGUGGACUUCCACCUCGAGGGCGACGACCUGCUCGCGGCCACGCGCACCCACGUCCGCGGCAACGGCCUCAAGCCCACCGAAGAUGAGGACAGCAUUGACAGCCAGGCAGAAGAAGUACAGGAGGCAGCACCGGCCCCAACGACCAGGCUCUAUGACAUGACGAUGCACAUGUUCGGCCUCUCCAGCGCCAUCUGGCAAGGGCCCAGCAGCGGAACCAAUGAGGCUGCCUACCAGCGCCACGAGGAGAUGCUGCGCAGUGCUGGCGCCGCUGACAUCGACCGCGUGCUGGCCCUACAAGCGGCAAAGGCCUCGUGCAAUAGCGAAAAGAAGGCGAAGAAGAGCGCUGGUCUCGUUGCAAACGUGCUGGAGCCGGAGCUGGAGGCUCAAAGUGGAGCUGGGCCUGCUGGGCCCAGGGAGGAAUCCAUGCGCGAAGAAGGUUUGGAACCCUUGCGCUAUCUCCUGCACGGGCCGCCGGGCACAGGCAAAUCCCACGCGGUGAAGCUGCUGACGGAGCUCUUCGAGGUGGCCGGGUACAAGAAGGGCAUCGACUACGAGUUCGUGGCCUUCCAAGCGACCAACGCCGUGGACCUCGCAGGCAAGACCAUCCACGACGCCAUCGGCUUGAAUUGCAACCCCCGCAGCUUCGACAAAGCCGUCAGCCCCGAGAAAGCACAGCAGAUGGCCAACUGGCGCUGGGUCUUCAUCGACGAGAUCAGCUUGGCACCGGCCAAUCUCCUCGCCGUGCUGGACCAGCGGCUGCGGCAGGUCAAGCCGCGAACCGACCCCUGGAAGUUUGCAGCAUCAGCGGAGUCAGCGGACAGCGCUGGUGAGGCCCGGCCCUUCGGCGGCGUGAACGUCAUCUUCAUCGGCGACUUCAAGCAGCUACCGCCGCCGCAAGGCGGAUACCUGGCCAACGUGCCCCAUCACCUGCGCGUUGGGCCCAACGAUUCCAGCAAGCCGCCAGAUGCAUUGGUAGAUGCCGGGCAACGGCUGAUGUGGGAGGAUUGCCAAGGCGUGGUGGAGCUGACGGAGCGCGAGCGCUGCAAAGACCCCUGGUGGAACGAGGUCAACGACGAGACCCGCGCCUGCCGCCUCUCGGACAAGAACUACAACUACCUGCACGGCAUUCCCGUAGAAGGCUGUCAGCUAUCAGCAGAGGAGCGCGCCUCCCGCCGCCGGGUCAUCACCGGGCCUGAAGACCCGCGACUCCGCUUGCCCCGCUUCGAGGAAGCCCCCGUGAUCGUGGCCAACAAUGAUGCCAAGUACCAAAUCAACAAGGACCGGGCCAUGAAGUAUGCCAAAGACGCCAACGCAGAGCUGCUCUGGUCCCAGGCGACCGAUGUGGCUUCGAGCGACGCACUGAAAGCAGAUGUCUGCGACAGGGACAGGAAGAUCAAGUGGCUUACUUAUCACGACAAGGACACCGGAAACUUGCCCGGUAUGCUUCCCCUCGCCAUCGGCAUGCGCGUCGCCUUGACGGAGCACCUCGAUCGGCCCAAGCAGCUGCUCCGCGGCACGGUUGGCAUCGUUCACUCCUGGGAAUGGCUGCCCAACAACCUGCGGCCCUCCGUGGUGUACAUUAAGUUCGAGGGCGCAACCUGGCAGCUGGAGGGCACCAACGAGCCAGGUGAACCGGAGCAGUUGCCCUUGAUCCCGGCCUAUGCCAUGACCGCGCAUGCCAGCGAAGGGAAGACGUUGCCCGCAGUCCUUCUUGAUUUGCAGGUGGACAAGCGGGUGGACCCGACCAUCGGCACAGUAGCAACUACACGGGUGCGGAGCCGAGACGACGUCCUCAUUUUGCGACCCUUUCCGAAGUGGCUCUUUCAACGCGGGCUCACCAAGCAAGGCCCCGACUUGCUCCUGCAAAAGUUGCGGGGCGAAGCCAUCGACUGGGCGGCCGUGCGAGAAGCGACCCGGCCCUGUGCCACUUGCAGAGAAUGCCAACAGAUCUUGCCGAUGGACGCCUAUGCCUUCGAGCAAUGGGAGCUCAUCCGGGCCAACAAGGCGGGCAUGUGCAGACGCUGCAAGGAUGGCGUGGUGUCGAAGCGCCGGCGCAAGGUGGAGGGCGACGGCCUCGAGAAGCACGAGUGCCUCGGCUGCAACACCCUGAAGAUCGCCGAGGCCUUCCCCCGGGCACAGCUGGCUCAAGAGGAGCAGCCCGACUUCGCGCCGGAGAUGGUCACCAUGCCGACCGCGGGCAUCCUUUGUCUCGCUUGCCAAGAAGAAAUUCGGCAACAGAAGAACAGGCAGUGGACCGGCUCCUUUGCUUGUAGGGUUUGCCACAAAAUCUUUUUAACCACUGUAGCUGCAGGCAAGAAAGAGGGUCGAAAUUGUUUGAAUUGCGCCUCGCGAAACACGCAAGACCGCAAGAAAGGCGAGCAGACCUGCCGGGGCUGCAAGCGCAAGUUUACAGCACCACCCGCAGCCGACGGCAAGCGUCCACCCCGCAAUUGCCCCGACUGCCGCAGGUAUUGA